AUGGCCACCGCAAACGGCCGGCAGCUGUGUCGGCCCCCCACCCCCGAGACCUCGCCCACUCUCACCCCUGGGGCCUGUCCGGACCUGACGCGCUGCCUGUCCAUCGGCUCUUCCGCCUCUUCUCACUCCCAUCUCACCUUUCGAGGCUCACAGAGCGGCGACGUUUCCUCGCGCCACUCCUCGGCCUCGUACCACUCACAGGCCUCGGAUACCUCGAAUCUGUCUGGCACUUCCGGCCAUGGCCCCGAGCGCAAGGGUCGCCGCCGGGGAUACGUGCGGCCCCAGCCCACCGACUUCGCCGCCAGCGCCAGGUCCCGCGAGAGUGUCAUGAGUCUCGGCAGCAUUGCCCACUUGCAGUACUACUUUGCUCGGACCGGCCUCUUGGACGGCAAGGGCGCUCAGCUGGCGCGCAAAAAGCAGACGCAGCGUGCCACUCUGGAUCUGUCGGCCUUGCAAGGCACCAGCCCCGCCUCCAAGAGGGUAUCCGAUGCCGACUCCUCUUACGCCUCUAUGGGCAGCAGCCCAGACCUAGGUGCCGAUGCGUUGGAGACGGCGUCGCCCCUCGAGAUGGAGGAUGACGACUACUACGACGACAGCUUCGCCGAGUCCGACUCGGGCAUGCUCCCACCCACAGUAAGUACAUAUCACCACAAGGAUCCACAGGUGCCCAAGCCGCCCACCAUGGCAGAGCUCAAGGCGGACCUGGACACCACCCUGCAAGACGCCGCCAAGGCCCUGGGCGAGGUGCGGCAGCGCAAGGCCGGCCUGUACGAGGAUCCCGCCGACGCGCCGCAGUACCCCAAUAUGCCCGAGGAGAAGAGCCAGGGUUGGUAUGAACUGCAAGGCAUGCACAUCCUCGACGUUGUCACGCUCGCCAUCCGGGCCGCCAAAAUAUACUACACAGCUCACGAGCUGCCGGAACGCCUAGACUCCAUCAAGUCGGAGAAGCAGGUCCGGGCGGAUUUGUUGGGUGUCAUGGAGGUGCUGAAGCAGAUGGCCACCCGCAACUUCAAAGGCGGGCUGAGAGACGAAGAGAUCAAGACAAUGACCGACUGGAUCGGCGGCGUCUUGGAUAUGCUCACCAAGGAGGAGGACCUGGAGGCGGCAGAGAGGGCCGAGCGGGCCAACUGGGCCUGGCUACGCGGCGACUGGUCUGGCCGGGAAUACGAGCGGGAGCGGUCAUUUCUCACGUCCAUGGACCCCGAAGGUGGCCCCCUCCCGCCGUGGACGCCGCUGCCCGAGGCGUCGGGAACGCCCACGCCAUUCCUCGAGAGCAUGCAAAACGGCCUGCGCCUCGUCCGGCUGCACAAUGCCGUGGUGAAUAAGUCUAGGAGGCGGUUCGGCGCGAUUCCCAGCUUCCACGUCGACACGCAAAAGCCCUACCGGUGCGCCGACAACCUCCGCUACUGGGUCAAGGCCGCGGAGCUGCGCUUCGAGGUGCUGCUCAAGGUGGAUGCUCUCGGCGUUGUCUACAACAGCGGGCCACAAGCCUGGGCAGACUUUGAGGCGGCCAUCCUGAAGUGGUGCCGCCACGUGCGGGAAGAAAUCGCUAGCGAGCUAGACAUUUGA